AUGUCCUGGCACCUCACAAUUUAUUCCUUCUACGACAACAUCAAAGGAGAUCUGAAAUACGCUGGCUUGCUCAUAUUUUGCACGCUUUUGUCGCUGGUUCUGAGGAGGUUUGCCACAGCCGAGUUUCGAGUGCGUUUCGAUGGAAUAAUCGGGUUGUUGAUCAACAUCUAUGUCUCCGGAUGGACGGUUUUGUAUUCGUUACUGUGUGUGGCAGCUCAUCUUGUGUUGUAUCAACUGGUCAAGGACCCCAGGUACGUGUUUCUUAUUGUUUUGUCCGGUGUUUAGGCGAUUCUGCGAAGGUUUUUUGAAAGGAAAGAGGCAGUGUUACCUAAAAUAAUGUUGCAAUUUUUUCGAGACUGUCCCAAAGUCUCUGAAAUCUUUCUAUGAGUUGGUAAAUAGCUUAUAGAAGUAAAUAGAAGAGUUUUUCGUUAUGAGCUUUAUUUUUUUCUGGUGUUGACAUUAAUUUAGUUAUGGAUAACAUUAAGUUCAAAAAGCUAUUGCAACCUUUAAGAUUGCCUAGGUUCCCUUAUAAUCUUUUUAUUUCAGACACAUGGCGAAGAUCUCAUUCUUUGGAACGUUCACUUACCUCGGUUUCCUACGAAUUAUUCAUUGGUUUGGUCUCCCAAAGCUCGAAUUCAUCACAAAUGCCAUUCAGCUGAUCAUGACUCUUCGAGUAAGUUUUUUCAUUUUUUUGUUUUUGCUUUUAGGAAGUGGAUGGAUACAUAAGAAGGUUUAUUUUCACUUGAAACAGAGGAUAAUUUCUAUACUAGACACCUACUACAAUAUAACUUUUUUCAGGUGGUUGGUCUGUCCUAUGAGAUCUCAGAUUCCCGUCUAAAGUUGGUUGAUGAUCUCAAGAAGGUGGAGGAUCCAUCACCUUUCCAAGCAUUCAACUAUUUAUACAGUUAUACAGGUCUUUUCACUGGACCUUACUACACCUACCGAACUUAUGUUGAUGCUUACGAUCAGCGCUUCCAUGCGCAAUCUCCACACGUUUUGGAUCUUGUCAAAGGCCGAUUGACGACACUAAGCUGGUCUUUGCCUAUUCUGAUCCUCAUGAACAUCAUAGCGCCGGUUCAAAUUUUGAAAACCGAAGAGUCCGGCGAUUACAAUAUAAUUGUCCUGUUCAUCUUGUCGGCGUUGCUUUUCGUCUAUCUGAGAAUGAGAAUCUACUCGGCUUGGAUGGUAGCCGAAAGCAUUUGCAUUAUAUCUGGCAUUGGGGUUUAUGACCAUUCGUAUCAUUCGAAGCCAGGCCUGGGACCAACGAAGAUGCCGGAAAUCGGCGAAACAGCUCAUGGAUUUGAUGCGAAUACAGUGGAUAACUUGGACAUCCCUCAUGUGGAGAAUUCGGAUGGAUUCCGAAGCGGGAUGAGGGCGUGGAAUCGGACGGUUCAGUUCUGGUUGGCUCAUUUUGUUUACAAACGGGCUCCAAGAAGUAUAAGGUAAAGUUUUGCAUUUUUUUUGGAAUGUUUUCUCAUUUUUAGGUAAAAUACGCUACAGAUAUUCUGAAUGAUAUUUAGAAAGUGAUGUGCGGAAUAUUUUCUCGAUAAUUUUUUCAAAAAUUACAAAAAAUACCGAAGGGUCAUGUAUAAUAUAAAACUUCUCAUUAUUUUCUUCCAGAUUGCCUUGGACAAUGUUUGUGAGCGCAUUCUGGCACGGUGUGCAUCCAGGAUACUUCUUAUCGUUCCUGACGAUCCCAUUAUGCACAGCAGCUGAGGAUGUGAUGUUCAAACGAUUCCCGGUCGAAGAUGGAAAACGCAAUGAAAUCUUUGAUCGAGUGUGAGUUUUUGAUGUUUAUAGGGUAGAUUAAAGUCUGUGAAGGCUUGUGAGGAAAGAUGGGGUUGUCGCUUUGCCAGGCUAUUGGCGUUUUCGCUUCUUUUUGACCAGCUGAGGGUCUAGUGUAAUAUCCGAAAGAUCUUGAUUUUUUGAAAAGUUUGGAGGAAGGUUAAAGAAAUUAGUGUUUGAAUAUAAUUAAGGGACUCAGAAGGUAUUUAUUUUACGAUUUUGAAUUUAGUUAUCACCAAUUUUUACAAAUUUAUGACCAUUUUUUAGCUGGCGGUUCAUCCGAAUGCGUGGCUUUGAAAUGAUGGCCUGCGGCUUCCUUCUCCUCACUUGGACCGACACUAUUCGACUUUGGAAGAACCAGUUCUUCUAUCUGCAUGUUAUAAUGAUCGGAAUUUUGAUAUUCGAUAAGGUCCAUCCAAGGAAACACCCAGAAAAGCAUCAUGAAGGCCAUAAACACCAUGAACAUCAUGAUAAAAAGGUUGAAUAG